CGCCCAAUUAUCUUCAACCCUUCUUCUUUCUUGUUCAUCUCCGUCAGAUCUGAGAGUUUUGAUUCGGAUCAACGUCGACAAAGAAAUCGACGAAGGUGGCGGAGUACAAGCCUUCCUUCUUCGUCUUUUUUUUGUUCGUGAAAUUGAAGGAGCGGCCGGAAAUUUGAUGGUCGCCAGAAUUUUGCUCUAGCUGGUUGUGUUGGGUUGGGGGCAGUAAUUUAGGUGACGGAGUACAGGCCUUCCUUCUUCGUAUUUUUUUUGUUCGUGAAAUUGAAGGAGCGGCCGGAAAUUUGAUGGUCGCCGGAAUUUUGCUCUAGCUGGUUGUGUAAGCGAGCUUGAAGUUCUCAUUCGCGCGCGGAAGAGUGGAAGCGCGCCGCGCUUUCAACAGUUCCGAGCGUGCAGCGAUGCCGUCAUCUCGCAACAGCGCCGUCGGAAGCGGUGACGCCGGCGGCAAGACAGCUAGAGAGGAGUCUUCUAUCAGGGUUCCGGCCAUGGACGCCAUGAAAGACGACGAUCUUUCCGAGGAGGAUUUGGCGUUGAAGCAACAGCUAGAGUUGUAUGUCAAGCGUGCACAGGACCCCGACCCGUCAUUGCAGGCUGUUGCGCUUCAGGGCAUGAGCCAGGAAAUUCAAACAGCAAUAAGCUCUAUGACAUCUGUCCCAAAGCCAAUAAAAUUUUUGCGUCAUCAUUAUGGGACACUGAAGUCACACUAUGAGAACAUGCCUAAUUCUGAUGCAAAGAAACUUAUGGCGGACAUACUCUCUGUUUUGGCUUUGACAAUGUCCACAGAAGGAGAAAGGGAAAGCUUGAAGUAUAGACUACUGGGAUCUGAUGGCGAUGCUAGUGCAGUGUUGCUAUUGUUCCUUGCUAUCAUUUCGAAUAAUAGUCAGUUACAUGUGGGAUUGUUUUGAACGUCACAUUUUAAUAAGGUGCUACCCACAUUUUUUCCUAAUGUAGGGGUUGACAAGACUAGAUGAAGAGGGACAAGCAAAGAUGGCUGACUUGGAUUUCUUUGUGUUUCAAAGCCCCAAAUUUUAGUAGAAAAAUGAAGUUUAGAUGUUGGACUUGUUUCAAAAGUUGGAGUUUCUGUAGAUUUAUAUUUAAAAUGAACAACUCUAAAGUUUCUACUUUCCUCUGAUUCAUUUAUCCUCAUGUCAUUUUUAAGUCUUUGUUAUAUUUAAGAUGCUUGAUUGUUUCAACACAAACAUAUGCGAUUGCCAUCUGUGCCAUUUUCUCAUUUCUAUGAACAAUAUGUUUGCUGAGAUUUAAGACCAACUUUCACGCAAGAUAAGUCUCUCAAAGUAAGACAAUCAAUCAAAUAUCAACUCACUGUUUAUUUUUAUUUAAUCAGCUGUCAGUGAUGAUGUGUGAUGGGUUUUUGGAGGGCUUAAGCCUGCAGUGAUGAUGUAUGAUCCCGCCUGGUGCUGUCUGUCACUUAUGGUGUGGAGUUGUCUUCUUCAAUCCAGAUACUGUACCCAGCCUGAUGAUAUAUGGCUUUGGUCUUGAAAAUAUCUUUUGUAGUAGCAGAAGCAUUAAGAUGUUUUUAUUGAUGUAAGAGAAGAAAAUUACAAUCAAAUU